GGAGGAGGAAGGCGGGGAGGGAGGGACCAGGCGAGGCGGGGCGCGGGGACGCGGGGCGAAGACGGGGAGAAGCGCUCUUCCUGGUUGGGCCCUGCUCUGCUCUGCGCCGGGAAGCCGGCCCCGAGGACCGCGGCGACCCCCAGCUCCCCUCCUCCAGCAUGGCCGAGGAGAUCAUCACGCCGGUCUACUGCACGGGAGUGUCCGCCCAACUCCAGAAGCACCGGGCCAAGGAGCUGGGCCUGGGCCGCCAUGAGAACGCCAUCAAGUACCUGGGCCAGGAUUAUGAGCAGCUACGUGCUCGCUGCCUGCAAAGCGGGGCCCUUUUCCGGGACGACGCCUUCCCCCCGAUUCCCCAGAGCCUGGGCUACAAGGAACUGGGGCCCAAUUCGUCCAAGACCUAUGGAAUCAAAUGGAAGCGCCCCACGGAGCUGCUGUCAAACCCCCAGUUUAUCGUGGAUGGAGCCACCCGCACAGACAUCUGCCAGGGCGCACUGGGGGACUGCUGGCUCCUGGCUGCCAUCGCCUCCCUCACCCUCAAUGACACCCUGCUACACCGAGUCGUCCCUCACGGCCAGAGUUUCCAGAACGGCUACGCCGGCAUCUUCCACUUCCAGCUGUGGCAAUUUGGAGAGUGGGUGGACGUGGUAGUGGACGACCUGCUGCCCACCAAGGAUGGCAAGCUGGUAUUCGUGCACUCUGCCCAGGGCAACGAGUUCUGGAGCGCCCUGCUCGAGAAGGCCUAUGCCAAGGUGAAUGGCAGCUAUGAGGCCCUGUCAGGGGGCAGCACCUCGGAGGGCUUCGAGGACUUCACGGGCGGCGUCACUGAGUGGUACGAGCUGCGCAAGGCCCCCAGUGACCUGUACCAGAUCAUCCUGAAGGCGCUGGAGCGCGGCUCCCUUCUGGGCUGCUCCAUCGACAUCUCCAGCGUUCUUGACAUGGAGGCUGUCACCUUUAAGAAGCUAGUGAAGGGCCAUGCCUACUCAGUGACUGGUGCCAAACAGGUGAACUACCAGGGCCAGACGGUAAACCUGAUCCGGAUGCGGAACCCCUGGGGCGAGGUGGAGUGGACAGGAGCAUGGAGUGAUGGUUCCCCCGAGUGGAACUACGUGGACCCAUACGAGCGGGAGCAGCUCCGUGUCAAAAUGGAAGAUGGAGAGUUCUGGAUGUCCUUCCGAGACUUCAUGCGUGAGUUCACCCGCCUGGAAAUCUGCAACCUGACGCCCGACGCGCUCAAGAGCCGGACCAUCCGCAAGUGGAACACCACGCUGUACGAGGGCACCUGGCGGCGGGGCAGCACGGCGGGCGGCUGCCGCAACUACCCAGCCACCUUCUGGGUGAACCCCCAGUUUAAGAUCCGGCUGGAGGAGGUGGACGACCAGGACGACUACGGCAGCCGCGAGUCUGGCUGCAGUUUUGUGCUGGCGCUCAUGCAGAAGCACCGCCGCCGAGAGCGCCGCUUCGGCCGCGACAUGGAGACCAUCGGCUUUGCUGUGUAUGAGGUCCCUCCAGAGCUGGUGGGCCAGCCCGCCCUGCACCUGAAGCGCGACUUCUUCCUGGCCAACGCGUCCAGGGCGCGCUCGGAGCAGUUUAUCAACCUGCGCGAGGUCAGCACCCGCUUCCGCCUGCCACCUGGGGAGUACGUGGUGGUGCCCUCCACCUUCGAGCCCAACAAGGAAGGCGACUUCGUGCUGCGCUUCUUCUCCGAGAAGAGGGCAGGGACCGAGGAGCUGGAUGACCAGAUCCAGGCCAAUCUCCCUGAUGAGCAAGUGCUCUCCGAAGAGGAGAUUGACGAGAACUUCAAGGCCCUCUUCCGACAGCUGGCAGGGGAGGACAUGGAGAUCAGUGUACGGGAACUCCAGACCAUCCUCAACAGGAUCAUCAGCAAACACAAGGACCUGCGGACCAAGGGCUUCAGCCUGGAGUCGUGCCGAAGCAUGGUGAACCUCAUGGAUCGUGAUGGCAAUGGGAAACUGGGCCUGGUGGAGUUCAAUGUCCUGUGGAAUCGUAUCCGGAACUAUCUGGCCGUCUUCCGAAAGUUUGACCUGGACAAGUCGGGCAGCAUGAGCGCCUAUGAGAUGCGCAUGGCCAUUGAGUCUGCAGGCUUCAAGCUCAACAAAAAGCUGUAUGAGCUCAUCAUCACGCGCUACUCAGAGCCAGACCUGGCAGUGGACUUCGACAACUUUGUGUGCUGCCUGGUGCGACUGGAGACCAUGUUCCGGUUUUUUAAGACUCUGGACACCGACCUGGAUGGAGUUGUGACCUUUGACCUGUUCAAGUGGCUGCAGCUGACCAUGUUCGCCUGACGGGCUCAGGUCCCUCUCACUUCCUCCUGUUUCCGUCUGCCAAGCCACGCCUUCCCGCCAUGCCAGGCCAGUCCUUGCCAGGCCACGCCCCGCCCCGCCAGCUACAAGUGCCUUCCCUGGAGUCAGGAGGCAGUCUUCCUGCCCUGCUUCCCCUAGCUGCCAAUGUCAUUGCCACUGCUGCCACGGGGUGGUGUGAUCCUUCCUGCCCCAGCCAGCUGUGGGCACAGGAAGGAUGCCCCAGCUCUGCUGUCGCCCAGCCGGAAAGGUAGCGUCUGCUACCCCCCAGCAUCCUGCAGUGUCUCCUGCUGUCACUCCAGAGGCACCCCCACCCCUGGCCUCUCCUGCAGAUGCCACCAUAACCACUAGCUGGGCAGGGCGUGUCAAGCCCGCGGGCUGGGCCACUUGUGCCCUCCUCACAGAAGCCCAUGCCCCGCCCCCACCCUCCCCUGCUGCCCAGCCCUUGCCCACUCCUGCCCAGCUCCAGGCCCCUCUCCCACCCAGCCCCAGGUCCCCCACCUCCUUUUUUAUAUUGGGGAUUUUAAAGGGAACUCUUCAGGUACUGGGCAUAGGGAUGCCAGAGGCACUGGGGUGGGGGAGGCCCAUGUCCCCAUGUGGGGGAAUCCCAAAUAAUAAAGGAAAAGGCCCCACGGCAGCGUCUGGA